GAAGGGGUCCAGUAGCCCGCCUGCCUCUCCCGCCCGGCGCGCCUCGGUCCUUGUCGCCAGUCGCCGUCCCCGCCGUCCUGCCCGCCGCGCCAUGCCCGCCGCCGGCUCCGAGCUGCAGCGCCCACCCUCGCCGCCCGCCGCGCAGGAGCAGGGCGCCGAGCCGCGGCCGCCCCACGGGGAGCUGCAGUACCUGGAGCAGGUCGAGCACAUCCUGCGCUGCGGCGUCCGGAAGGACGACCGCACAGGCACCGGGACCCUGUCGGUGUUCGGCAUGCAGGCCCGCUACAACCUGAGAGGUGAAUUUCCUCUGCUGACAACCAAGCGUGUAUUCUGGAAGGGUGUUUUGGAGGAGUUACUGUGGUUUAUCAAGGGAUCCACAAAUGCUAAAGAACUGUCUUCUAAGGGAGUGAAAAUCUGGGAUGCCAAUGGAUCCCGAGACUUUUUGGACUGCCUAGGAUUCUCCACCAGAGAAGAAGGAGAUUUGGGCCCUGUCUAUGGCUUCCAAUGGAGGCAUUUUGGGGCAGAAUACAAAGAUAUGAAUUCAGAUUAUUCAGGUCAAGGAGUUGACCAGCUCCAAAAGGUGAUUGACACCAUCAAAACCAACCCUGAUGACAGAAGGAUCAUCAUGUGUGCUUGGAAUCCAAAAGAUCUUCCUCUGAUGGCGCUGCCUCCAUGCCAUGCCCUCUGCCAGUUCUACGUGGUGAACGGUGAGCUGUCCUGCCAGCUGUACCAGAGGUCAGGAGACAUGGGCCUGGGUGUACCUUUCAACAUCGCCAGCUAUGCCCUGCUCACAUACAUGAUCGCACACAUCACAGGCCUGAAGCCAGGUGACUUUGUACAUACUUUGGGAGAUGCACAUAUUUACCUGAAUCACAUUGAGCCACUGAAAACUCAGCUUCAGAGAGAACCAAGACCCUUCCCGAAGCUCAAAAUCCUUCGAAAAGUUGAGAAAAUUGAUGAUUUCAAAGCUGAAGACUUCCAGAUUGAAGGGUACAAUCCGCAUCCAACUAUUAAAAUGGAAAUGGCUGUUUAGAGUGAUUUCAAAGGAGUUUGGAGGAUAUUGUCAGUCUUUAGGGAUUAGGCUGGAUGCCCGGGUGAAAGUUCUCUUUGCUUUAGAGGACAAAGGAGCUAGAUCAAAAAUCUGUCAGUGACCUAUCAAUUAUUAACUUAUAAGGGUAUUAACUUUUUCAGGUGUUGUCACUGACAGACUUAACUAUGUCAGUUCUUUCAGUAAUAAAAGGCCUUAGUUUAGUUAGCUCACUGAAGAAGGUAUGAAAAUACUGAGAUUAUGAAUAAAGUGAGGAGAAUGAAAAUUUAUAUGCUCUUAACAAAAAUGUACAUGUAUUUCAGUCCCACAUUUUUAUGAAGGUUGGUGAAUUUCAAGAAUUCUGUAAGUCCCAAAUUUGAGUGAGCUUAUGAGUAAUGCUAUAGGUCAUAUUGUAUAGUGUGGUUAUGAACAUUUAAGGUUAUAUGUGUUUUAUAUAUUGCUAUAAUAAAGUCCUAGGUAAAGUGCUGUA